CAGACUGUGAGGAGAUAUUUGCAGAUUCUGACAAAAAGUGUAUUGGAUUAGAAUUACUGAGUGCACCUUUAACAGUGCAUUUCAAGAUUUACAUUUCAAUUACAUAACAAAUUUCCAUCAAAUUUAAUAGAGUAAACUUUAACAAAAUUAAGUAAAAAAAAAAAAAAAAGACUUAGAAAUAUUAAAUUUUACUAUUUUAAUUUAGUUAAAGGUCACACAAUUUAAUUUGAUAUUUUUAUGAAAUUGAAAAGCUUAAAGCAGUGUUCAAGCAGAAGAAAGAAAGUAAUUCACAUCUUGGAUGGCAUGAGGGGAAAUGAAGCAAGUUAUCCCUUGGAAAUGUGCUCGCAUUUUGAUGCUGAUGAGAUUAAACGGCUGGGAAAGAGGUUUAAGAAACUCGACCUAGAUAACUCGGGCUCCCUCAGUGUGGAAGAGUUCAUGUCCCUGCCGGAGUUACAGCAGAAUCCACUGGUGCAGAGAGUCAUUGAUAUAUUUGACACAGAUGGCAACGGUGAGGUGGAUUUCAAAGAGUUUAUAGAGGGCGUCUCACAGUUCAGCGUGAAGGGUGAUAAGGAACAGAAGCUCCGCUUUGCAUUUAGGAUCUAUGACAUGGACAGGGACGGCUACAUUUCCAACGGUGAGCUGUUCCAGGUGUUGAAGAUGAUGGUGGGCAAUAACCUGAAGGACACACAGCUGCAGCAGAUCGUGGAUAAGACCAUCAUCAAUGCAGACAAGGAUGGCGAUGGAAGAAUAUCUUUCGAGGAGUUCUGCGCUGUUGUUGGAGGUCUUGAUAUACACAAGAAGAUGGUUGUGGACGUGUGAGCGAAUCCCAUCUCCACAACAUCCACUUUCCUCUCCAUCUGAUGAUCUGCUCUCUGUGUAUUUCAAAGGAAGUAUUUACCAAGCCACUUUUCUCAACAGAAGCCUUUUGAAGUCGACGUGUAUGUGUUAUUGAACUCAAAUCUGCUCAAUAACCCGGUGUAGCACCUCAUGUGCUUAUGGACAAUGAAUGAACAUCUCAGUGAAAGUGGAAAGAGUGUUGGCUUGUUCAUAUUUCAUAUUUCAUUUUUCUUUUCUUUUUUUUUUAUGCUUCUUUUUUUAUAUAUUUAUUUUGUUUUUCAUCUUUUUUAAAGAAAAAAUAAGUGUAAUAUAAGUGCAAGUUGGGUAUGACGUGCCAAGCAGAACAUAGAGUUAUAAAACAUUUACCACCACCAUUAAUUUCAAGAGAACUCAGUAGAUUGCAUGAAAAAUGCAAGGAUCAUUUUCAGGUUUUCGGUUACACUUUGUGAUAUACACUAUUUCUAUCUAUCUAGCAUCUAACCAUCUUUAAUACUUUUUUUGUAUUAAUUGUGAUAUACUGUAUGUUUAUGUAUAAAUGUUAAUAUUGCUGGAGAGUGCAACAGACUCACUGAGACAGUCCGGUUAAAACUGGAACUGAGAAAAAUCUAUAUGGUUUACUUCAAUUGCACUUCACGAGAAACAUAAAUAUCCCUCUACCCUACAGCAAA